UUUUUUUUUUUUUUUUUUUUUUUGAAGCAGUUUUUGCAUAUUUGACUUGUGGCGAGCGCAACGACGCCAUUUUAGGAAACUUGAUCCGAUUCUGAGCUGCACACGCCGCAGACAGUAGUAAUUCAAUUUCGGUUUUCCAUCGAAUUCCUGUCCUUUUACGAACCCUACCUUCGCCUGUUUUCGUCAUCUUUCUGCUCAGAUUCAUCCAUCGUCAUCACGGUUCCUCGGAUCUUUGAAAUCAAAACAGAACCUCCCGCCUGUUGGGAGACAUAUCAAACUAAAGAUGGUGAAGCUUACAAUGGUUGCUCGUGUUACUGAUGGUCUUCCUCUAGCAGAGGGACUGGACGAUGGCCGUGAUAUGCACGAUGCAGAAUUCUACAAGCAGCAAGUGAAGGCUCUGUUUAAAAACUUAUCAAGAGGUCAAAAUGAUGCUUCAAGAAUGUCUAUCGAGACAGGCCCAUAUGUUUUUCACUAUAUAAUUGAAGGAAGGGUCUGUUAUUUGACAAUGUGUGAUCGUGCUUACCCAAAGAAACUUGCCUUUCAAUACCUUGAAGACCUGAAGAAUGAAUUUGAACGUGUCAAUGGGGCUCAAAUUGAAACCGCUGCUAGGCCUUAUGCAUUCAUUAAAUUUGAUACAUUCAUACAGAAGACCAAGAAAUUGUACCAGGAUACACGUACUCAGCGUAAUAUUGCAAAGUUGAACGAUGAACUUUAUGAAGUCCACCAAAUAAUGACUCGCAAUGUUCAGGAAGUUCUUGGUGUUGGUGAAAAAUUAGACCAGGUCAGUCAAAUGUCAAGUAGGUUGACAUCAGAAUCCCGCAUAUAUGCUGACAAGGCUAGAGAUUUAAACCGGCAGGCAUUAAUCCGGAAGUGGGCACCUGUUGCUAUUGUGUUUGGAGUUGUAUUCCUGCUAUUCUGGUUCAAAUCAAAGAUCUGGUGAUUCAGUUGCUGUUCCAGAUAAAUCUUUAACUCAUUUUCAGGCUUCUGUUGCUUUUAGCUGUGGCUCAAUCGGUUUGAAUAUCAGAGACUUGAAACUGGGCUUGAGGUGACUUCUAGAUCUACUCAUAAUAAUGAUGGCUAAGAUGGGAUCGGAAAAAUAGUGUUUUUUGUUACCUCCAAGAGGGUGCGGUGCGGUAUGUACAAGUUUAAGAUAGCAGAUUAAGUAGAGAAAACAUGUUUAUUAUUCACAUCUUCCUCUCAAUAUACAAUUUUUGUUCGUUAUACAUUUUAUAAGAAUAACACCAUUAUAUUUAUUGUAUUAGUCUAUCUUUCCUCGGCUUAA